CGUGCUCAGCAUUGUGCUCCGCAAUGCCCCUUUUGGCCGCUCUCCUCCUGGGUUGAGACUCCGGAUCCUCAAACAGAGCAAAGAGCGUAUCCGAAAAACAUGGGAAAAUAGCGAAGGAUGAAACAAAACGACGCCAAAUCGAUUCUGAUAAAACAAAGGGAAAGUUAACGAGGUUAAGAGUGUGUCGUUAUGCCCCAGAAACCUUUAGGAGUGAGAGGAGAAUGUACACUAAUUGUACUCUAAUUCUCUCGUUAAUUAGCCACACCAGGGGGAGAAAACACAGCACCUUCAUUCAAGGAGCUGUAGGCAGAAUGCGCUGCUGAUUCCCUUUGCUCUUAUGUUCCUUAUUGCAUAGAAUGAAUCCAAAACACCAUUUGCCUUGCUGCAAAGCCUCUAUAAGGAGUUUAUCCUGCUGGAUUUGCUCUGGUUUCUUCCUAUGAUCCCAUACAGCUGCUUGCUUUGCUAAAAACAAAGGCCUGGACACAACAGCUAAGCCACGAUAUCAGUGCCAGCAGUAAACGAUAUCAGUGCCAGCAGUAAACUUGCUAACAUUUAACCUUUGGGUGAGGAAAACCCUUUGAGAUGAAGUCUGAGAGUGAUUCAGCUCCUUCUGAUCUUUCUCAUCAACAGGCUGACCGUUAACAGUAGUUCCUCAUUGGCAUCCAUCAACAGUGUUGGAAUAUGAAGCACGUCACCAGCUCUGGUGACCUUCACCCUUCCCACAUGCUUUGAAUGAAUGCUGCCUGCAGCAGCUCUCCCUGCCCUGGGCUUCAGUUUAUGUCCCCUGUGCUCCAUCUUCAGCUUUAGGGUCACCACCUUCAAUGCCACCACCUCUGCAGUGAGGCCAUAGCCAGGCUUUGCUGUCUGCUCUCUGUGCUGUGAUUUUCUCCACCUUUGGUUCUCUUUAGGGCUCAGCUCCCCCGGCACCCCAUUAAAAGGGCUGUGUUACCCCUCUCCCCCUCCAGAAAUCUUCCCAAGGGCCUUGGAGCUCCUGCUGAUGGGAGCAGGAAGAAAAGGGGAGAAAGAGAGUGGGGGUCUCUGGCUCCUGUCUGGGGCAACCUGGGGCUGGUGAGGAUUUAGAGCAAGAGCACAGACAGUGCAUCACAUCAUGGGGAAGUCAGCUCACCCUGGUGCAGGUGUUUCCAAUGCAAGGGCAGGGCAGCCCGGAAUUUCCAUCCAUUGAUGCAUUUAAUCUCUUUUCCCCAGGGUGAAGUGAUGCUCGGCUCUUCCAGCACAGUGGCUGCAGCUUUGAUUCCACCCCGGGGCAGACACACACGCAACGAUGAGGGGCAGGGCCUGGCAUUGCCUGGCAGGCUGAGUGAGUGGGGAAUCCAGCCCUUUUUGUGGAGUAAGGACGAUGUCAUCCACUGGCUUAGAUGGGCAGAGAGAGAAUAUUCCCUUCAGCAAACGGAUGAAAGCAAGUUUGAAAUGAAUGGCAAAGCCCUUUGCAUCCUCACCAAGGACGACUUCAGGUUCCGUGCUCCUGGCUCAGGUGAUGUGUUGUAUGAAUUACUCCGGUACAUUAAGACGCAAAGAAGAGCUCUGAUGUGCAGCCCUUUGCUGAAUUCACCCUUCCAAGAGGCCAAGGGCACAGGGGAAGGGCUCUGGAAGAUGUCCUGGGACCCACCUGAGUGCAGCAUGAGGUUUUCCCUUUUAGGGAUGGACAGAGAUUCAGAGGCUGCACCAGAUGCUCCCUCACCCUGCCUGAAGCACACUGAGCCAUCCCCAUCCCGCAGCCUCCACGAGCCCCUGAACCUCUCCCACCCCAGCACUGAGGGCAGCUGCAGGACAGGAUCCAUCUAUUCUUUUCCUACAGCCCCAUUGGCAGCAGUGGAUGGGAAAAUCACAGACUGCAGGCUGCUGUGGGAUUACAUCUACCAGCUCCUGUCCGACAGCCGCUAUGAGCCCUACAUCAAGUGGGAGGACAAGGAGGCCAAGCUAUUCCGCAUCGUUAACCCCCAUGGACUCGCCCAGCUCUGGGGGAACCACAAGAACCGGAUGAACAUGACAUAUCAGAAGAUGUCCCGAGCACUCAGACAUUACUACAAGCUUAACAUCAUCAAAAGGGAGCCGGGACAGAAGCUGCUGUUCAGAUUUCUGAAGACACCCGGGGAGAUCAUCCAGGAGAAAUCCAGCAGGUUGGAGCAGCUGGAGAACGAAGAGCAUGAGGAGCUCAAAGAAGAGCUGCUGGAGGUUUCAGUACAGGACACCAUGGAAGGCUGCAUGUGCAGUGCUGUGCAUGGGGACUUGUGCUCUGCUGGGAAGUGCCAGCACCUCCUGCUCCCUGCACAGAAGGCAGCAGAGGGGGUCCUGGAUUCCAAAAGCUGCCUUGAGCCAAAGCUGUGAUGCCUGAGCUGGCAAAGACUGCUUGGUUGUCACAGUGAGAUGAGCACAACACACACCGGGUCAUGAGUUCAUUGAUGCUGCCCUGAUCCGAGAUGGGACUCACCCUGCAGAUGUGCCGUGCACUGUGAUCUGUCUCCUGUGGAGCUGUGAUUAAGGGUGGGAAUGUGCUGAAGGAUCAGUCUGGAUUCUGGCUGAAGCUUCAGGCUGUGCAGAUGUGUCCCACUGGGUCUUGUUUUAAUUCCUUUUAAUGAUUCUUUGUGUAACCAUAUGGCUAAAUGAUGUGACAAGAAACAGGCCAGUAGUGAAUGUGCCUUUCUCCUGAUUGCUCUCCUUAAAGUGACACCCCAUCCACUUUCUUGCCAUAGAAGCAGCCUUGGUGACUCCUGAGCAGCCCAUGGCUCCCCAUCUGGCUUUGUUGGAGCUGGUGGUGACCCCAGCUCACAUGAGCAGUGUACGUGUGGCCACCUUCCAUCUGUUCCUCUAACUAUGACUAAGGAUCCCGUUGGACUUGGACGGGGAUUUCCUCCUGAGCUUGGGGAGCUGCCAGAUGCACUCAGCCCUCCUUGAGCUCCGGAGCGAUCUUGGAAAGCGAAAAAGCAAAGGGCACUUUUGCAAGGAUAGGCCAUGCAAUGAUAAAUCCUUCCCAGCUCCCAGGAUGAGCUUGUGUCUGUCUGUCUGUCCCAGGGCAAUGCAGCCACUGCUCUUCCCACAGUGUGUGGAGGUGAGACAGCCAUAAACACGCUGCUUUCCUGGAACACGACCCAUCCCUUUCAGUAAACAGCCCAAUAAAUGCCAUCUGCGCUGGG